AGAGGGAGGGAUAUAUCGUGGCUAAUCUCAUUGUUUAACCGACAAUUGAAAACUUCUCACACUAUCAGUGCUCGAGCAAUAAUCAUGUAAACAACUGACAAAGGAUCGAGGGAUUCAAUAUGAAGAAUCGCGAGACUGGGUGGUACGGGAUGCAACGCGUAUCCGGAAGAAACGUGCUGUGAACAGAGAGAUAAUUCGUCGAGAUAACCCUUCAAGAUGUCAGAGAAACGAAUAUCGUUGGGCAUCAAUGUCAGCAUCCUUGUGAUUCUAACGAUCUUCGGUGUGCUACUGUCUCUGCCGCUGCGUUUGCUGUUGAACACGAAUUACGGCCGAAACCAGACUGUCGGUGAAAACGAAGUGAUCGAAACACCGGAGAAUGUUACGAGUAUCCAACCGAAAGUGAACCUGUUCGAUCAUAGGAGACUGAAACGUUGUCCAAAGUUGCAGUACGAAGAUCGUUUGAUGUCCGUUUUCCAUUGCGACUGCGACAGAAACUGUACCUAUACUCCAGCUUUUAUGGCCGAUGAUCCGAAGGAUAAUAAGGGACAAGAGGAAACUGAAGAGCUGGAGAAUCAGAAGAUCGAGAAGGAAAUUGUCGAUGAAAAUUUGUCGGAGAACGCGGAGGAAAGUGUGAAAGAUCAUCGAAUGAAAUCGGUCCCUGUGGCUGGACACAUUCUUGUGACGAUGCUUCUCAUUUCAGCGAUCGCUGCUCUCGUUGAAGUGUUGAGAAUACGUUUCGCUAGAGACAAGGACUCGUCUAAGGCAGGUAGUGCCAGCUCAAGGAAAACGUCCACGGUCGAGCUUCCCGUUCAGAGGCGGUUCAUUCCAAGGCAACCAAUGAGGAGUCAGAGGUCUUUCGAAAUACAAGGCAUGCAUCGAUCCGCUUUACGUCUAUUAGGUGCGAAACCACCGCCACUUAUUCGCCGAUCAUCGUUCCCAACGCAACCCUUUAAGCAAACCUCUGUCUCGAUUAGUGGCACCCCGAACAAUCGGAUAUUACGUCGGCAAUCGGCUGAAUCCGACGAGGAAAGCGGUUUUCUUAUUGGCGCACUUCAUCAUCGUACACGGCUGAUUCGACGACAUUAAGUAAGGUCAAUCAAUCGAAUUGUUUGAAAAUUAAUUCGCAUUAGCACUAACAGGGUAACCGUCUUCGACCAACUGGUCUUACGCAUCGCACAACGAUCACGUUCACGAUCUUCUAAAACAAUCUUACUAUUUCGUGAGCCCAUUCAACAGGACUUCCAUACAAUCAUUGUUACUUCCAGUUCGUAUUUUACAACUCUGACAACUUACUAGACACUUAACCUUAACAAAGAACCGUCUAAAAGUUUUCCUGUUAUUAAUGAGGCUGUACUACGUUUUAACAGCAUCCAUGAUUUUACCGAUUCCUAUUCUCCGUAUAAGGUAAAACGUCCGUAGAAACUAUUUGUCACUAGAUACCUGUGAGAUUUGCGACAGCAAACACAACAACGCUUGCACAUCCUUGCUUUUCCAUGUUUCUUCCAUAGUAUAUAAUGCAGCAUAACGAUCGUGCGAAAGUAUUGAUAAACGAGUGUAUUUUCGGAAGAGUUAUAAAUCCAUUGGAGCGUAUUUUCAUAAAAGUUACCACACCAUUUUAAACAGCGAACACUUUAACACUUCUGUGAUCAUAUCGUAUAUUAUGUGAUAUGUACAACGUUAAUUAUAA